GUGUAGACUUCUGUCAUGGCGGGAUACAUGAAAUGGAAAAAUGGACCCCUCUCCAAAAUAGUUUUGCUAAUUGUGCUUUUAUGUAUAUUAGGUUCACACCAAACCUCAGGAAGUAAUAUCAACAUAAUCAAUAUCAAAGAUGGCCAGGAGUCUGACAGAACAGGGUCGAGUCACUUCUGCUAUCUCAACCCAAUUGUUCCAGGUUGGAAGGAAACAUGGACAAGAAUCCAGAUUCGAGUCUGGAGCUCGAAACAGCUGAAGGUGACUGUUGUGGAGGAUGAGGAGAAGCUGCAGGAACUAGAACACUUCAGUGUCUGGGGUCUUGUGCAGUACCUAAUGCUUGAGCAGACCAAUGAAACCACCAUCAGCAUCAGCCUGUUCAGCCCAAAGACCUGCUUCAAGAUCGACCCCAUCAACCUUGGAGCACAAUACACUGUAAUGCCCAUACGAAAAUUUGACAUUUACAUGUUUGUGACAUUCCUGGCUGGAGUGCUGUUAUUCAUCUUUGCAGACUCACUCAGCAGGAGUCAGGUAUUCUAUUACUCUGCUGGCAUGAGCACAGGUAUGAUUGCCUCCCUUAUCAUCCUCAUCUUCAUCAUGGCACGCUUUCUGCCCAAGAAAAGCCCAUUUUACAUGGUAAUAGUUGGUGGCUGGUCCUUUUCCAUUUACAUCAUCCAGCUUGUGUUCAGGAACCUGCAGAUGAUUCUGAGAGAGCACUGGCACGUGGCUUUUGGCUAUGCUGCAGUGGUUGGGUUUAUCAGUUUUGCCGUGUGCUAUCGUCAUGGCCCUCUUGUGGAGGAAAGGAGUAUAAAUAUCCUGUCCUGGACACUGCAGUUGUUUGGCCUGCUACUGAUCUACAGUGGGAUCCAGGUUCAGCAAGUGGCGUUGGCCAUCAUCGUGGCUGCCUUCUGCUCUAAGAACCUGGAGUAUUCCAUUUCAUUGAUCCUUCUGGCUUGGCGCAAAGUCACGCCAACUCUGCGCUGGAAGCCAGAGCCUCGUCGGCUGCUGACUGAAGAGGAGUUCCAGAAACAGGGGGAGGUGGAGACGCAGCAUGCCCUGGAGGAGCUGAGGAAGUACUGCAGCAGUCCAGACUUCAGCAAAUGGAAGACCGUCUCUCGACUUGCAUCCCCAAAAAGGUUUGCCGAUUUUGUGGAGGGAUCACCUCACCUGAUAUCGAAUGAGGUUUCUGUGCACGCGCAGGAAUAUGGAUCGUUCUUUGAGGAUGAUUUCUUUGACACGGAUGAGGAAGAUGAUGAUGACGAGAAUAUGAUGAAUGCUUUGAAAAAAGAAGACCUUGGAUGGAAAGACAGAGACUUGUGAAGGUGAAUAGAUGUGAUUAUUUUCCUGUAGCAAGGUUAAUGGAGCAUAGUGCUGACUGGCUUUCAACCCCUACAGCUCUCCUCCAACCAUAAGACAGGUGCUCAUGAAUCGCCAUGGAGAUGGUGGAAUCUGGCCAUUGCUAAGCCUGUGAGCUAAUGUCUGGCAUCCAGGUUGCGGCAUACAUUAUAUUGUACACUGAGUGUACAAAACAUUAGUAACACCUUCUUAAUAUUGAGUUGCUCCCCCUUUUGCCCACAGAACAGCCUCAGUUUGUCGGCGCAUGGACUCUACAAGGUGUUGAAAGCGUUCCACAGGGAUGCUGGCCCAUGUUGACUCCAAUGCUUCCCACAGUUGUGUCAAGUAGGCUGGAUGUCCUUUGGGUGGUGGACCAUUCUUGAUACACACGGAAAACUGUUCAGCUUAAAAAAAAACAGCAGCGUUGCAGUUCUUGACACACUCAAAUCGGUGCGCCUAGCACCUACUACCAUACCCCAUUCCAAGGAACAUUUUUGUCUUGCCCAUUCACCCUCUGAAUGGCACACAUACACAUACAAUUCAUGUUUCAAUUGUCUCAAGGCUUAAAAAUAAAAAAAAGUUACCUGUUUUCUUCCCUUCAUCUACACUGAUUGAAGUGGAUUUAACAAGUGACAUCAAGAAGGGGUCAUAGCUUUCUCCUGGUCAGUCAGUCAUGGAAAGAGCAGGUGUUCCUGAUGUUUUGUAUACUCAGUGUAGAUUGCUUAUCGCAACCACCUGUUUUGGUUAUCGACACAGAGCCAGAUUCUGACUUGAGAAAUGAGACUGUAGUGUUUCUCAAAUUAGGAUUGAGUCCUGUGUUUGAAUUAAUCUGAGAAACCUAUUGGUCAGUAAGUAAAGGUUUAUGACCACUAAGAAUGGGGUAUUUUAUUUUCUUGGAGGAAUGUCACAACUUUAUCUUGGUCUUAACUGCAAGGUAAUUUUUCAACAUUUGUUAUCUUUGGUAUUGUUGUUGAUUUUACGUAACAAUUUUUUGUGUCAUCAAACACGUGUCGAUGUAAACGGGGAGCAAUUCAUAGCUGACAAGUUUUUUUUUUUUUAAGAAAAAAAAGGCAAACUGACAUCUGUUGGAAGAAAUUCAUAUUUUGGUAUUUAAAGCACGAUGUUUAUCGCCAUUGAGCUUGAAUUUAUAUCAUUUUAAAAAUGUAUGGGAAUAAAAACAGUCAUGUGUAAGUGUA